CAGCAGUUUAUAUAGUUCAUGUGUCUAUAAAUACAAUCAAUGCACCCAUUUAUCGGGUGGAAAUCAGUUGGCUGGGCUACAGGCUCCUCUCUGCUCGUUUUGCCCACAACUAGUGACCAAAGUGAUGGACACUGGAGGUUUGUGGAGAGACUGUAAAAAGGACUAUAACUUUGAUUAUAAAUCAGUUUCCUCACAGCUACACUAGUGUUUCCUUCUGGUAACUUGAGCCACUCUUUCAAGAUGUGCUUUAUGGUGAGGGAAACCUGUCCAAACAGAUCACCAAAUGUCAUUUAAAUUAACAUGGAAAAAGCUUUAAAAAUGGACUUCCCAUACCAUAAACUGUUCCAGCAAGGUAGCUGCCGUCAAGGGGGAAAUAUCAGAACUUCCACCAGCACAGGAAGCUUUUCUUCGCGGGUUUCCACUUAACAAAGUAUCUGGUACCUUAUUUUGAAGCAUUAUAAUACCGAUAGUCCAUUUAGAUUGUUCCUCACCUGACAGAUACUUUACCACCCUGAGAGACCAGCUCAAGUUUUCAUAACUGUUGCUUACAAGGAUGUUUUUUUUUCAAGGCACAGUUUGUUCUCCCUGUCUGCUUGGAUUUGUUUCUGCAUCCUUACUGGACUUUGGAGCCUUACGGCUGUGUGAAUGCAAAAUCAGUCACCAGGGGAGUUUACCAUAACCACGGGAACUUUGUUGAGCUUGUUAUCCUCGGGGGCCAGGGAACGUUGAAACGCACAAUUAUCGCCUUGUGAACAUUGAAAUGGACAUUUUUGGCCGUGUGAACUGCAAGAGGCCGAUCAUUGCCUCGGGUCCUGGGUCAGCUGCAGUCUCCUGUGGAUGAAAUAAUGAGACCAACAAAGGAGGGAGCUGUUGUUGUUGGUGUUGUGUGACGUUUUCUAUGAGCAACCACAUGUGAUAAGCAGAAGAGAAUGACAUAUUUAAUUCUACCAGAACAGAGAGCUCUUGUUUAGUGGUUUGUUAUUUCUUGCAUUUUGAUUGUUGCUGGUGUCCAGAUGUGUGCACCCUCUGUGGCUCUCUACCUUCUCUCUCUCUGGGACACCAGUGUCCACGUGGGGGAGCCUGUUGUUUGAUACUGAGUGAAGAAGGGAGGAGUCAAGAUGGACAGAGGGAGGUGGGGGAGAGAGAGAUGGGAGUUCAAGGGUUUUCCCCUCAGACACACACACACACUUGUCCUCAUCUUCAUUUAGCUGCCGGCCUGCUCUCCUCCUUUCCCCUCUGCUGGAAUGAGGCCCUGAGGAUUAGGAAGCAGGGAGGCUUGACUAGAGGACCACAGGAUUGGGAUUGGGAUCAUUGGAGGGCUCGGGCAGGACUGGAUUAUUUUUGAAAAUACCAGAUUGGACUGCAGGCUGUGUACAGUGUCCACAGGCUGUUUUGUACUGGGAAUAGUGCAUCUUUUUCUACUGGGACCAUUGAGACCUGUGGUGAAGCUACUUAGCAGCAGAUAGACGCUUUCUCUGUGCCCGAUGACCUCAGUCCAGAGGAGAGACAGGAGGUGGAAAGCAUCCGCUGCAGAAAACAAGAGCUGCUGCAGGACAUACAAGUAAUAACACACUCUCCACUCCCUUUACACCUUUCAUUUAUUUAUUCAGUGUGUUCAACCUUCAUCUGGAGUUCCAGCUUCGUGGCCGUGUUUCUGUUUUCUGUCCUCAGUUAGCACCGCUUGGACUAAAUGCUUUCUCAACAGGGCGGCCGUGAAAGGGGAGUUUGUUUUUGUCCCGUCUGUGAAACCCUGCGGCUGUCUGGACUGUUGAUCUCUUUCUCUUUAACAGUUCUUUAAAGGACAGGAACAGGGAAUUUUGUUCCAAAAACACCCAUUUUGGAAGAUAUCCACCUGAUUUGUCUGAAGCCUCGUAUCGACCUCAGUUAAAAGUUUCAAUACUAAGACGUACUUGAAAAGUUGUAAAUCUAUCCUUUAACCAUUUUGAUUAUUUCAGAGAAGUGCUAAAUCACACAGUGCAUUGUUUGCUUUUCAAUUUGUAUUUCUUUGUCUGACUGUCGCAUUGUUCAGGUAGUCCUUUCUUGUGUGUGUGUGUGUGUGUGGGUGUGGGUGUGGGUGGAGGGGGUUGUAUAGGCGUAGGACCACUAGAGCGUUACUGUACGCAUUCAAGACAGAUGAUCCUCUUUGUGUGGUGUGCAUGUGUACGAGAGGGGUGGACCACGUGUACAUGUGUAUGUGUCCUCCAGCUCUCUCUUUCUCUGCCUGGAGGGACAGUUUGACCCGCUGCCUCAGUCCCCAUUAACCCUUAAAUAAAUUAGCGGGAUUGUCUGUAUCAGCUCUUUAUCUGGCAAAUGUGUUUUGCCAGAUUAGGGGGGAAUUAGCUAAUUGUAGUUAGCUGAAAGUUGAUGACCUUUCACCCAGCCAGCAUCUCAUAAGCAUGUGACCCUUUGUCCAAGUCUCCUUUGUCCAAGUCUCCUUCUCCAAGUGUUGGAUUGAAUCAUCAUAAAUAUCUGUCGAUAUAUUUUCAUUACAGCUGAGACAGUUUGACAAUACAGGAAAAUCAAACGUGAACUAUUUUAAUAAGUAAUUAAUAACCAAGAAAAUAUGAUGCGUGUUUGCUUGAUACACGACUUACAGAUAACGUUUUUAUUUAAAUUCUUGCUGACUAAGUUUCAUCUAAUCAAUUGGUUUACUGAUCAUGUCAGCACUAGCACAGUUAAUUCAGAGUAUAAUUAGUAUUUUAUCUCUGUGUUUUUACUUAUGCAGCUGCACACUGAGGGACAUAAAGAUAUAAGAUAAACAUCUGUUAUAUUUUUAAAUACCAGAUGUCUUCAUUCCCUACCAAACAAAAAGAUUCAAUAAAGGAUUUAGAACAGGAUUCAUUCGGUAAAAUUCUAUGAAAACCUCAUCACUGGUCUACAGUCAGCAAGGAGAGCAUCUAAAAGUCACACACACACACACACACACAGGCGAACACACGCGGCCUCAGGGCAGCAACACUGUGCGACUAGAUUGAUGGAGUUUAUUACCGAGGUCGACUCUCGUUCUCUCCUCUAAGCCCCGCCUUGUGUUGCCCUGGGGGGGAGGCUGAUGGGUAAUGAGCCGUGAAAUAUUCCAGUAAUGGAGACGGAGGAUGCUGUAACCAUAGAAACGCACAUGUAGGAAUCCAGGCAAGUGAACUUAUUUACCUUGUUCGCCUGGUUUUCACACCCAUUACAUCACUACACGCACACACACACACAUUGAGAGUUGGAGAUGCUUGUAGCUCUAAUCCGAGCCUCGUCUGCUUUUCUCUUUUUUCUAUAAUUAUCUCAAUUCAUGAUCUUUUCUGCUGAGCUCAGUGUUUCUCCAUCUGUUGCUUUCCUCCCGUAACCUCUGAGCUCUAAGUCUUUGAUCCGGCAUAUUCCCGCCUCCCCACCAGUGUGACACUCAAGCAGCCCGGGGGGGUGUGUGGGUAGGCCGUCUGAUGAAUCUGGGUCAACACAGGGGAGAGGAGGAGCUGGGAGACGGACACACUCUGACCCCAGAACAGGUGCUACAGAUCCCAGAGAGGGUUUUCUGCAGAGGGCGGUCUGUGAGAGAGUGCAUCACAUCUGUACUUUUAGUCUUUCUGGGUCAUCUCUUCUGUAAGAAGUGUCUGGAUGUGUAGCCGGAACAGACAAAAGAAAAGUACCUCCACAGGUUAAUGUGAAACAUCACAUGUAUUGUUGUGUUCUCUCUCUCUCUCUCUCUCUCUCUCUGUGCUGUCAGAGGCUGAAGGAUGAGAUAGCAGAUGUGACCAAUGAGAUUGAAAGCCUGGGUCUGACUGAAGAGAGGAAAAGCAUGCAGAGGAACAAACAGAUGGCCAUGGGCCGAAAGAAGUUCAACAUGGACCCCAAGAAGGGGAUUCGCUUCUUGAUUGACAGCUCCCUGCUGAAAAACACCAGCGAUGACAUCGCCCAGUUUCUCUACAAGGGCGAAGGGCUCAAUAAGACCGCUAUCGGUGACUACUUAGGGGAGAGAGAUGACUUCAACAUCGAGGUUCUGCACGCCUUCCUGGUGUUGCACGAGUUUUCGGACCUGAACCUGGUUCAGGCUCUCAGGCAGUUCCUGUGGAGCUUCCGGCUGCCCGGUGAGGCUCAGAAGAUCGACCGCAUGAUGGAGGCGUUCGCCCUGCGGUACUGUCGCUGUAACCCCGGAGUGUUUCAGAGCACAGAUACCUGUUACGUGUUGUCGUUCGCUGUGAUCAUGUUGAACACCAGUCUACACAACCCCAACGUGAAGGACAAACCCUCCGUUCAGAGGUUCACCGCGAUGAACAGAGGCAUCAACGACGGGGGAGACCUCCCGGAGGAGCUACUCAGAAACCUGCACGACAGCAUCAAGAACGAACCCUUUAAGAUCCCCGAGGACGACGGGAACGACCUCACACACACCUUCUUCAACCCCGACAGAGAGGGAUGGCUGCUGAAACUCGGAGGUGGACGAGUGAAGACCUGGAAGAGACGCUGGUUCAUUCUCACAGAUAACUGCCUCUACUACUUUGAAUACACCACUGACAAAGAACCCAGAGGAAUUAUUCCACUGGAAAAUCUGAAUAUCAGAGAAGUCGAUGACUCCAAGAAACCGAACUGCUUCGAGCUCUUCAUCUCGGACCACAGAGAUCAGGUGAUCAAAGCCUGCAAGACGGAGGCAGACGGACGCGUCGUCGAGGGAAAUCACACUUUUUACAGAAUCUCCGCCCCGACCGCCGAGGAGAAGGACGAGUGGAUCAACAGCAUCAAAGCCGCCAUCAGCAAAGACCCGUUCUACGAGAUGCUGGCUGCUCGGAAGAAGAAGGUCUCGUCUCUGAAGGGUCUGUAGAGCCGCUGAGGAUUCAUCGGGGAAAGGUUUCGACUGAAUGCAGCCGAGUGGAAGUGGACCCGAUUCUUCAGUGACGCUUGGACCUGACAGAGGAUUCGGCUCUUAAAGAAGCUCUUCCUUUGUCACAUUUUGAACCGACGCACCUUCAGUACCGACGGCUCGUUCUCUGCAGGUUUUGCCCUUUUUGUUUAAAGUGUACUUUCCCACCUAGAGACCUUUUUGAACACUCUACUUCCCUCUGGUUAGCACUCCCACUCCUCCUACAAUCUGCUGUGUCUGAUUCCCCUCAGAGCCACGUCAUUCCGACCGUUUGCUCUGCUGUGGUACAAAGAGUCUCUACAGGAGACAUUUCCAGUCAGAAUUAACUCCAACACUAGGUGAGAGAAAGACGGCUGCUGAUGUUUGAUAAAAAAACCUUUCUACACCUUUUUGAAAGACGCGUUACAACAGGAGGAGGAUGGGAACAGCUGAUGAAUGAAUCACGUCGUACAUUCAUGUGAUUCAGAAAACACUGAACGCUGGACUUUAUGGUUUGAUUAAAAAAAAAAAAAAAAAAAAAAAAAAAGCUCUUUUCUAAGCCUGCUUUCUUACUGCUGUUGGUCUCGUCAAAGCGCGGUUAAUGAAAAUGAAGGCGAUGCCUAAAUAUUUAUUUAUCCAGAUUUCUUGUAAUUUAUUGUUUUGAGUUCUGUCUCAUUAAACGUUUGCAAACCAA